AUGUUCGAUAUCGCUCUUCGCCCGGUUAAGGACCGCGUCUUCGACCCUCUCUGCGCCGCGAUCCCGCCGGCUGUGGCGCCUCUGCACCUGACAAUUGCGGCUUUCAUCUGCGGCGUAGCGUCCUGCGUUUCUGCAGCUUUCGGUUCAUCUUUUUGGGCACUGGCUCUCUGGGUUCUAAAUCGUGCUCUGGAUUGCCUGGAUGGAGCCGUCGCUCGUCAGAGAGACCAGUCAAGCGAUCUCGGCGGCUUUCUCGACCUCUUGGGGGACUUUGUCGUGUACUCUGGAAUACCGAUAUCUUGUGCCUUGGGUUUGCCAAAUGGCGGCAAAUUGUUAUGGAUAUCUGUCGCAGUUGUAGAGGCAACAUUCCAUGUGAACAAUUUUGUUCUGUUCUAUGUCGCCGCUGUGGCAGAGAAGAGGAAGGCGGCGCAGACCAAAGAGAAGCAGAAGCAGCAGAGGACGGAGGAAUUGACCAGCGUGAUGAUGCGACCUGCCCUGAUCGAGGGUGCAGAGAGUGGCGUGGUCUUCACCUUGAUGCUGGCGUGGCCCAGCGCGACGCAGGUGCUUUGUUGGGCCCUGGCUGUGGGUGUGGCUAUUGGAACGAUACAACGAGUGACCUGGGUGGUGCAAGCGUUGUCCUAA